AUUUGUGCGAAAAGUGGGACAAAACAAAGAUAUUUUUGUAGGAAACUUUUUAUAUCCAAUGAAUGUUGAUAAAACCGAGCACCCAUUCAAAUCUUUGAAACCAUUGACCAUUCUUGUUUCUGUUGUUGACCAUGGAGUCCUCAACCAUUCUGCCACUAUCCCACUUCUCCUUUCUCUCUCAAAAACCCCAUGGAACAAGCAUUGGGAGUUUUCCUUUGAAUCAAUGGAGCCCAACAUCUCAAAAGACUCGAUUAAAUUGUCAGAAGAUGUACGUUCCAGGAUUUGGAGAAGCAUCACCAGAAGCCAAAGCAGCAAAGAACCUCCACAAUCUUUUUACAUAUGUUGCCGUGAGGGUUGUCAAUGCGCAGCUUGAGAGCUACAACACCGAAGCCCAUAAAGAGUUAAUGGAAUUUAUGGAAAGACACUCUUUAAACGAUGGCGAUAAGUUCUGUGCAGCUUUAAUGCGUGAAUCAUCAAGACAUAAAACCCUAGCCAUGAGAAUAUUGGAGGUUCGAUCCGCAUACUGCAAGAGAGAUUUUGAGUGGGACAAUUUAGAACGAUUGGCUAAAAAGAUGGCAGAUGAAUCUAACACAAGACUUAUGAGGGAUUACGUGUUGGAAACAAGUCAUGUAGAAACUGAAAAAUGAAGUUGCCCAAUUUCAUGGAUAAUAAUAUCAUGUUUAGUUAUAUUUCUUCCAUGUAAUGCAAAACCAUUUCACACUUUAUUAACAUAUUAAAUAAGAAUUAAAUUUACACAAGUUGAGUUGUUUACUUACUAAAAUACAUGCAUCAUGAGACAAACAUGUCCUUCCUUCAUCAACUUAUCGAGUCUUCAUUCUUCUCCAUUGACUGAAAAAGAAAAGUUUAAUGCCUUGAGCGUGUAAAAAAAUAGCAAUGUAAUUUCAUAUAUUUGUUUAUUAUAG